UCUGUUUUCUACUCUGUUGUAUUUUUGCCUUUUUCUUCAUCAAAUCAUCAAACACCCCCAAAAUUCUUAGAAAAAAAGUAAAGAAAAUUAAAGCAUAUGGCAAGUAUUAACAUGGCUUCUGCUGCAUCAAGUUUUUUGGUGGCAACUCCUAAUGUUGCCUCCAACAUCACAACUUCUCGUAGCAAUAUGUUGUUUUUUUCUUCUAACAAGAUCACCACCACCACCCCUAGACUCGUCGUAAUGGCGACCGCGGAAGAGGAUGCCCCACCAGCCGCAUCCGCAUCCGCCGCUACUGCUGAACCAGCUGUUGAAACCAAAGCUGCUAAGCCACCUCCAAUUGGACCCAAGAGGGGAUCCAAGGUGAGAGUUCUUAGGAAGGAAUCUUACUGGUACAAGGGCACUGGUUCAGUUGUAGCUGUUGAUCAGGAUCCAAAAACUCGUUAUCCAGUUGUGGUACGAUUUAACAAAGUGAAUUAUGCUAAUAUUUCGACCAACAACUAUGCAUUGGAUGAAAUUGAAGAAGUGUGAAACAGUCAAAUUGGAAUUAGUUAUAUUAUUUGUAGAAUGCAAGGCCCUUUUGGUUUUCAUGUUUAUUCUCUAGUUAUAUACUGGCUUUGAAUGUGAAUGAGUGUCUUAUUAUA